CUGGUGGUGGUGGUGGUGGUGGGAGGCGCGCGCGGGUGGGGUGGGCGUCGUGGGCGGUGGCAGCACAAACAAGCAAACCUUCCAAUUUACUCCUCCCCACCUUCCCAUCCUCCUCCUCCUCCUCCUCCUUCCCCCCUUCCCCAAAUCUCAAAAUUCCCGAUUCCCGUUCCGAGCCAUACCAAAGCUCACGAGCACACGCCACGUGAUUCCGAUCCUGCUAGAGGAAUCCCGAGGCUCGGCAUGCGGCGGGGCGGCGGCGCUGCGACGGCCGUUGCGGCUGCGGCGGAGGCGGAGGGGGACGCGGGGGCGCGGUUCCGCGGCGUGCGGAAGCGGCCGUGGGGCCGGUACGCGGCGGAGAUCCGCGACCCGGCCAAGAAGGCGCGGGUAUGGCUCGGCACCUUCGACUCCGCCGAGGACGCCGCCCGCGCGUACGACGCCGCCGCGCGCAUGCUGCGCGGGCCCAAGGCCAAGACCAACUUCCCCCUCUCCCUUCCCCAUCACCACCAACUGCCGCCCAGCUACUCGCCCUACCCUGCCGCCGCUGUCCCGACGUCGGUCGCCGCGGCGGCGGCCAGGCCAGCCUGCAGCAGCCUGAGCUCCACCGUCGAGUCCUUCGGCGGGCCGCGGGCGCGGCCGGUGCUCCCGCCGCGGCCUCCGCCGCCGCCGAUCCUCGACGGCGACUGCCAUAGCGACUGCGGGUCCUCGGCCUCGGUGGUGGACGACGAUUGCGCGGACGCCGCCGCCUCGCCGUCCUGCGGUGCCCUGCUCCCGUUCGACCUCAACCUGCCCCCGGAGUUUGGCGGCGUUGCAUGUAACGACGACGACGAGCUGAAGCUGACGGCGCUGCGACUCUGAAGUCAGAACCACCCGGUGGUGGUUAGAGAAAAAGGAUAAGGAGAAAAAUAUUUGGUUCUUCCCUUCUCUCCAUAGCCAGCACGAUCCACCACGCUGUUGUUGCUGCUGCUCUUUACGUGAUCUGAUGAUGAUUAAUGUGGCCUGAUCUACGAAUCGGCCUGCUUGUUGCCGCUGGUAGCGGUGAUUAUUGCCGACUACCGCCGGCAGCUCGCUGUGGUUGUUGUAAUAUAGCAACAUUUUACUUGCUUCCUCUUGUGAGGAAGUAGACACCUAAAGUAACUUAUUUUCUUUUUUAGCCACAUGUGUUACUGUUACUCAUUUAGGCUCAUUUGUUUCGAAUUGAGAACAAAGGAAAACAAAGUUUUGUUUAUGAGAAUGAUACUGGGUGCUUAAAUGCUAGAAAAUUCGAGCUAAAAGUUGUUGUGUUAGAGGGAUGACCUUGAUCUUAAUUUCAACCUUGGUACAACCUUCUACCUGAAUACCCCCAUUAUUCUUCCAGUACUGUAAAUAGACUAACCUUACCAUGGUUCUCAUAAUGCUUAUGUUGCUAACAUGUGAAUUAUUCUUAUAUGUAGUUUUGGUUCUUAAAUCAAGUCUCACACUGAUGUAGAUGUCUGUCAUAGAACAAAGAGAAGUUUACUUUGGCUGCUCAAGAUGAUGGGAUGUUUGUCCUAUUCUAAUUCAUAUAAAGAGCAGUGACGGACCAUGGCGCACCACAGUCAAGCAAUGUUGCUCAGUGGCUAAGCAUUAAGAAAAAUAAGUCAGAAUCAUGUGAGACACCUCCCGGUAUGCGCAACAUUAUAUGGUUAUUACUCCUAUAUCAGAAGCUUUGGGGUUCCAAUGGCAAAAUAUUUACAGUGCACUUUGUUAUUCCUUUCUUCAUGUUUGGUACAUUCAGCAAGGGAUACUACUGUACCUAACCAACCUCAAGUAUUGGAGAAAGGUGAUGUUUUGAAGCCAGCAGCUUCGUGAAUUACUAACAGUGCCAACAACAAAGCAGUGGACAUCCGUUGCAUCUUGGAGCGAUCUGUGCCUGGACAGCAGGGUGUGGAAUCAGCUAAGCUGCCCCAGAUCCUGCGCGCUCGGUGUCUGCUGAUGAGCAUGCAAGGCAAGCGUCUCCCAUGUGCCGGAUGCCGCGAACAAUUCCGUGUGGUAAUCGGCUGACAGAGACGGUGGCGAUCGUGUUUGUGGAUUGCAGGGCUGGACUUGUUUCUGGGCGCAAUAAAGAUUUGGUCAUGGCUCCGCUUCCAGCCCAUGUUGAGGUUCUCGGUGCCUCCUCGGGGAAAGGGCCGGUGGUUCCCAAGUUCGGGUCGUGGGACGCCGAGAACAUCGGCUACACCGUCUUCUUCGAGAAGGUGCGCGAGAACAAGGCCGCGCCCGUGCCGGGCACGGCGGCGCCAGCGCCCAGGGGGCACGACGACCAAGAGUUCGACCCCUACGAGUACUACGAGAACCUCAGCCGGAACGUGCCCUCGCGCCCGCCCAGCUCGCACGGCCACGGCCACGCGGCCCCGGCGCAGCACUAUGACCACCUCGGCGGUAACGUGCCCUCGAGGCCGCCGAGCUCGCACGGCCACGGACACCCCUCGCCGGCGCAGCACUACCCCGCGCAGCACGGCCACGGGGGCUACCACCGGCGGAACGGGAGCAAUGGCAGCAGCGCCGCGUCCGAGGUCAGCAGCCGCGCCAGCAAGUUCUCGCCGCCCAGGCCGUACCAGCCGCGCUACGGCAACAGCGGCGGCAGCUACCACCAGCCCCAGCAGCAGCAGCAGGUCGCCGGCGCGUACGCCGCCCCGGUGCCGAGGCACCACCAGCAAGCGGCGCCAGCGCCGAGGGUCACCGCGUCCCCGCCGGCUAACGAGCGGCGCCCGGGCCAGGGCGUGCCACCGCAGGCCCGUGCCGCCAAGGCCCCGUCGGCCGUGCCCAAGUUCGGCGUGUGGGACGAGCAGAACGCGAACGCGGCGGCGCAGGGCUUCACGGUGCAGUUCGAGAAGGUGAAGCGGCACCGGGAGGUCGCCAAGGCCGCCGCGCCGGACGUGCCGCCGGUCGCGAAGCGGCAGCUCUCGCCGGACCGGGUGGUGCCCACGUGGGGCCACCCGCGAAGGAAGCCCAAGAAAUCCUUCCUGUCGAAGGUCUACGGGUGCCUGUUCCCAGUGGUCAGACAGUGACGGGGCAGCUGGUUGAUAAUAUUAACCCGACCAUAGCGGCUGCUGCUUUUGAUCUCAUAUAUGUUUUUCUGGAAGGAACCCUGUAGUGUACACAGUAUUUCAUUUGUUCAUUCGUUGUUCGUUAUGAGUAAUAUAUAUACUCCUGGUAUUAAUAAAUCAUGGCAAGAUAAAAGCACUUGGCGUAUACGUAUUUUAAGUGCCCGCAAAAAAAAAGUAUACAUAUUUUAAGUGCCAAACUCUGUGUAUCCAGUGUGUAUCGGUGUAUGCAUUUGAGACUUCCAAAUGCGUGGCACGUGCACGUGUGAGUACUAGAACUAAUGUAAUUUGAUGCGUAUGAGUGCGAUAAUGAAUGAACAAAAAGAUGUGAUUGUUC